GCGGGGGGAAGCCGCGCAGAUCGAGCCGCGGAACCACGGACGGACCGCCGGACGGACGGACGGACUGGCGGACGGGGCAUGCGGGCGGCCUGGCUCUAGCCCGGGUUGCGGGGCUCCGGCCGCAGCCAUGGAGCAGCGGCUGCGUGAGCUGGAGCAGCUGGUACGGGGCGAGGCCGGUGGCAGCCCGGGGCUCGACGGCCUCCUGGAUCUGCUGCUGGGGCUGCACCACGAGCUCAGCAGCGCCCCCCUGCGCCGGGAGCGCAACGUGGCGCAGUUUCUGAGCUGGGCCAGCCCCUUUGUAACAAAAGUUAAAGAGCUGCGUCUGCAGAGAGAUGACUUUGACAUCCUGAAGGUGAUUGGCAGAGGGGCGUUCGGGGAGGUUGCCGUGGUGAGGCAGAAGGACAGUGGCCAGAUUUUUGCCAUGAAGAUGCUGCAUAAGUGGGAGAUGCUGAAGAGGGCUGAGACGGCCUGUUUCCGGGAGGAGCGAGACGUCCUUGUGAAGGGAGACAGCCGCUGGGUGACCGCUCUGCACUACGCCUUCCAGGAUGAGGAGUAUCUGUACCUGGUGAUGGACUACUAUGCUGGUGGAGAUCUCCUCACCCUGCUGAGCCGCUUUGAGGACCGCCUCCCACCGGAGCUGGCGCAGUUCUAUCUGGCUGAGAUGGUGCUGGCCAUCCACUCGCUGCACCAGCUGGGCUAUGUCCACAGGGAUGUCAAGCCUGACAACGUCCUGCUGGACAUGAAUGGCCACAUCCGCCUGGCCGACUUCGGCUCCUGCCUGCGUCUUAACAAUGGCAUGGUGGAUUCAUCAGUCGCGGUGGGGACCCCGGACUACAUCUCCCCUGAGAUCCUCCAGGCCAUGGAAGAGGGCAAGGGCCACUACGGCCCACAGUGUGACUGGUGGUCACUGGGAGUGUGCGCCUAUGAGCUGCUCUUCGGGGAAACCCCCUUCUAUGCAGAGUCUCUGGUAGAGACGUACGGCAAGAUCAUGAACCACGAGGAUCACCUCCAGUUCCCCUCGGAUGUGCCUGACGUGCCUGCUAGCGCCCAGGACCUGAUCCGCCAGCUGCUGUGCCGCCAGGAGGAGCGGCUAGGUCGGGGUGGGCUGGAUGACUUCCGGAACCACCCCUUCUUUGAAGGCGUGGACUGGGAGAGGCUUGCCACCAGCACGGCUCCCUACAUCCCCGAGCUUCUCGGGCCUGUGGAUACCUCCAACUUCGAUGUGGAUGAUGACACCCCCAACCAUCCAGAGACACUGCCACCAUCCUCCCAUGGGGCCUUCUCGGGCCACCACCUGCCAUUUGUAGGCUUCACCUAUACCUCAGGCAGAGGGCAAAGAACAACUUUCGAAAGUCAGUCAGUUCCCUCCUUCCACCGUGUGGGUCCCAGGGAUGGAACCAGGUGGUCAGGUGUGGCGAUAGACACUCCUACCAGCCCUGGUGGUGGAAAGAGCACUGAGCUAGUGGCUGCCCCAGAGUGGAAGCCCCACGGUGUGGAGCAGGAGAAGGUGGAGCUCAGUCAAGAAGCCCUGCAUGGCCCCUUCCAGCCCCAGGAGCUGGCACGGCUGCAGAAGGAAGUAGAGAUUCUUCAGCAGAGACUGGCAGAGACACUGAGGGACAGCAGAGCCUCCUCCUCCCAGACUGAUGGCCUCCCUGCUAGAAGCCCAGGCCCAGACAUCCAGCUACAGCAGGAGAAGGACCGCCUCCAGCAGGAGCUGACUGAUGCUCAGACAGCGUUGCGAGUUCAGGCUGCUGAACUGUGCCAAGCCCAGGACCGGCAGGAAGAAUUCCUGCGGAGGCUGUGGGAGGCCCAGGAGAGAGAGGCAGCCACAGCCAGCCAGAUCCAGGCUCUGAGCUCCCAGCUGGAGGAAGCCUGGGUUGUCCGGAGAGAGCUGGAAGGCCAGGUGGCCACACUGAGUCAGGAGGUGACACGGCUCCAGGGACAAUAUAAACAAAGCCAUGAGAAGCAGUGUUCCCAGCCCAAGACCGUCCAUGCAGCCCCUGAGACCAACGGCAUGGGAUCGGCUGAGUGUCCAUCUCAAGAGGCCCAGCUGAGGAAGGAGGUGGCAGCUCUGAGGAAGCAGCUGGAGCAUGCCUGCAGCCAAGGGGUCAGCGCUGAGGAAGAGGUUCUGUGCCGACUGCAGGAGGAAAACCAGCGGCUGAGCAGGGAGCAGGAGCGGCUCACAGAAGAGCUGGAGCUGCAGUUACAGAGCAAGAAGCGUUUGGAGGGUGAACGGCGGGAGACUGAGAGCAACUGGGAGGCCCAGAUCGCUGACAUCCUCAGCUGGGUGAAUGACGAGAAGGUCUCAAGAGGCUACCUGCAGGCCUUGGCUACUAAGAUGGCUGAGGAGCUGGAGUCCUUGCGGAAUGUGGGCACCCAAACGCUCCCUACCCGGCCCCUGGACCACCAGUGGAAGGCGCGGAGGCUGCAGAAGAUGGAGGCCUCAGCCCGCCUGGAGCUUCAGUCGGCACUGGAAGCCGAGAUCCGUGCCAAGCAGGGUCUGCAGGAGCGGCUGACGCAGGUGCAGGAGGCUCAGCUGCAGGCAGAACGCCGCCUGCAGGAGGCUGAGAAGCAGAGCCAGGCCCUGCAGCAGGAGGUGGCUGAGCUUCGGGAGGAGCUUCAAGCUCGUGGACCAGGGGAUGCCAAGGCCUCCACUUCCCUCAUCCCUCUCCUGUCCUUCUGGAACACAGAGAAGGAUUCCGCCAAGGACCCUGGCAAUUCAGGAGAGUCCCCACGGGCUGGAGCAGAAGCCGAGCUGAGGCCAGAGGGCCGCCGCAGUCUGCGCAUGGGGACUGUGUUCUCCAGAGUGCCUGCUGCCACCACCGCCCCUGCAGAAGGUCCCCCUGCUAAGCCCGGCGCACACACUCUGCGUCUCCGGAGCUUCCCGUCCCCUACCAAGUGUCUCCGCUGUACCUCGCUGAUGCUGGGCCUGGGCCGCCAGGGCCUCGGCUGUGACACCUGCGGCUACUUCUGUCACUCAGCCUGUGCUCCACAGGCCCCACCCUGCCCUGUGCCCCCUGAACUCCUCCGCACAGCCCUGGGGGUGCACCCCGAAACAGGCACAGGCACUGCCUAUGAGGGCUUCCUGUCGGUGCCACGGCCUUCAGGCGUCCGGCGGGGCUGGCAGCGUGUGUAUGCUGCCCUCAGUGACUCUCGCCUGUUACUGUUUGACGCUCCUGACCCUCGGGGCAGCCUGGCCAGUGGGGUCCUCCUGCAGGCCUUGGAUCUAAGGGAUCCCCAGUUCUCAGCCACCCCUGUCUUGGCCUCAGAUGUCAUCCAUGCCCAAUCCAAGGACCUGCCGCGCAUCUUUAGGGUGACAGCCUCCCAGCUGACGGUGCCACCAAGCACAUGUACUGUGCUGCUGCUGGCAGAGAAUGAGGGGGAGCGGGAGCGUUGGCUUCAGGUGCUGGGGGAGCUGCAGCGGCUGCUACUGGACGCACAUCCAAGGCCCCGACCAGUGUACACACUCAAGGAGGCCUAUGACAAUGGGCUGCCGCUGCUGCCUCAUACGCUCUGCGCUGCUAUCAUUGACCAAGAGCGUCUUGCCCUGGGCACUGAGGAGGGGCUGUUUGUGAUCCACCUUCACAGCAAUGACAUCUUCCAGGUGGGAGACUGCCGCCGGGUGCAGCGGCUGACUGUGAGCUCUGCCGCUGGCCUGCUGGUUGUUCUCUGCGGCCGUGGUCCCAGCGUGCGCCUCUUCGCCCUGGCUGACCUGGAGAACGCUGAGGUGGCAGGCGCCAAGAUCCCCGAGUCCCGAGGCUGUCAGACUUUGGCAGCCGGGCGCAUCCUUCAGGCCCGGACUCCAGUGCUCUGUGUGGCCGUCAAGCGCCAGGUGCUCUGUUACCAGCUGGGCCCAGGCCCAGGCCCCUGGCAGCGCCGCAUCCGAGAGCUGCACGCGCCAGCUCCCGUGCAGAGCCUGGGGUUGCUGGGUGACCGGCUCUGUGUGGGGGCCGCGGGCACCUUCGCUCUCUACCCGCUGCUCAAUGAGGCUGCGCCCUUGGCGCUGGGGACUGGCCUCGUGGCCGAGGAGCUGCCUGCAUCCCGCGGGGGCCUUGGCGAGGCACUGGGUGCCGUGGAGCUCAGCCUCAGCGAGCUCCUGCUGCUCUUCGCCACUGCUGGUGUCUACGUGGAUGGCGCUGGCCGCAAGUCACGGAGCCACGAGCUGCUGUGGCCAGCGGCACCCAGUGGCUGGGGUUACACAGCGCCCUACCUAACAGUGUUCAGUGAAAACGCCAUUGAUGUGUUUGACGUGAGGAGAGCAGAAUGGGUGCAGACUGUGCCGCUCAAGAAGGUGAGACCCCUGAAUCCAGAAGGCUCCUUGUUCCUCUAUGGCACGGAGAAGGUCCGCCUGACCUACCUCAGGAACCCGCUGGCAGAGAAGGACGAGUUUGACAUUCCCGACCUCACGGACAACAGCCGGCGCCAGCUGUUCCGAACCAAGAGCAAGCGCCGCUUCUUCUUCCGGGUGUCAGAUGAACUGCGCCAGCAGCAGCGCAGGGAGAUGCUGAAGGACCCUUUUGUGCGCUCCAGGCUCAUCUCACCGCCCACCAACUUCAACCACCUGGUACACGUGGGCCCUACAGACGGAAGGCCCAGCACCAGGGACAGGACCAGGGAACAGAAGAGCAGAGGUGCCCGCAGCUCCGGACCGCAGCGCCCCCACAGCUUCUCAGAGGCACUGCGGCGCCCAGCGUCCGUGGGCAGUGAUGGCCUCCCUGGAGAAACAGACCCCCUAGUGAAGAGGAAACCUUGGACAUCUCUGUCCAGCGAAUCAGUGUCCUGUCCCCAGGGGUCCCUGAGUCCUGCAGCAUCCUUGAUACAGGUCUCAGAGCGGCCCAGGAGUCUACCCCUGGACCCUGAGUCAGAGAGCACCCCCUGAUGCCCUCUGGCAGUGCCCACCCCAUUCCCAAGACAGAAGUGCUGAGGAAGCGAAGAGCUUGUGUGAUGCCAUACUCCGGCUGGUCCGGGACAUGCUGACAUUCAGACUCAGGGAAAGCCUGGGUGGGGCCUAAGAGCAAGGCAUGCCUGGGGCCCCGUGAGUCGGGGUCUGACUCCUUGCCCUCAUCCUGCUAUUCCCCUGGGCUUCCAACACAGGCCUACACUGGCCUCUGGGAGUGCCAUGGCUCUGGUGCCCAGGGAAGAUUGUGCCAAAGUUGUGCUUCAUGGGCCCAAGCCCAGGGAAGCUGUUAGGAGUCAGGAUGAGAAACGGGACCCUGGGAGUAUGCUUGGUGUCUUGUCUGCAGCCUGGCCUCAGCUGAGGCCGAGAUGGAGCCCAUCGGGUCUCUCUGCUCAGGGCUGGGCUGGGGUAUGGACGCUGAUUUACAGGGAAAGGGUAGAAAAGGAGAAGGAAUGGUGCAAGUGAAAGAGGUAAGAGAAAGGCAAGGGAGCAAAGGAAGCAGAAGAGGAAGUGAUGUAAUCAGAAGGAGAUGGAUGUUAAUCUAAGAGGAGAGAAGGACAAAAAUGAGUAAUGAAGAGGAAGAUGCUGGAGAGGCAGGAGAGAGGAGGGAGUGUAAGCUAGGGGAAAACCUAGACCCAGAAACUUUUCUCUGGGUUGGGCCUUAAGAUUGAGAGCAGGACUGUUGCCAGUUUAUCCGUCCAGGGAAAAAUGGUUCCUAUGCAGGGAGGGGAUGGGAGGGUAUUUAUAAGGGCUUCUUGGUGGGAGAUGGACACCCUGAGGGGGCUACUGGACAUCUCCAGGCACACUCUGGCCUUUCCCAACAAGGAGGGUCCUUUUCUGGAAGCUUCAACCAAGUGUAUUAGGGGAACAUAGGGGGCAUUUUCUUAUUGAUCACAGUCAUUAUUAUUGUUAUUAUAUUGCUAUUUUUAUUAAACCUUGCCCUGCUCCAGUGUGGGGAAUAAAAUAAGUAUUUAUCUCCUUGAAUGCCACAUUCCUGGGAGAGAUGGACCUUGAUGCUCUGGCAUGUGGCAAGAAACCAAUAAAGUCAACUUUGUAAGCUGCUGGCC